AUGUAUAAGUAUAGAAUUAUUCUUUGCUUUGUAACAUUAUUAUUGGAAGUAGUUUAUUUCAAAGCAGAAGAAGAAAUAAAAGAGGCAGAGGAUAGAGAAAGGAGACAAGUCAACGGACUUCCGUUGGUUUAUCCCUAUGGAGCAACUUAUAAGCUCUUAGUUGGUUUCGCCGCUCCAGUGCCCAACAACGAACACAUAAAUCUACUUUUCUCGGCCAAUUUCCAAUACCAAUAUCUUCAAUUUAUGAACAUUUCCGAGCUGUCAAGAUAUUAUUUUAUAAAUGAGGUGUCCAGAGAAGAGAGAGAUGCGGAUCUGCUAGCGAGGCGUGAUGAGAGGCUGACGUUCUACAGAUCCGUGUCAAAUAUGUUGCAAAUGAAAGGCAUGAACGGACAAGAUUGCGUCUUGAGAGCAAUCUGUGAGGCAGCUCAAUACCCGGUGCAAGAAGAGGCUCUAGUUGGAGAGGUUUUACACAUACUCUUGACGCCAGACUACGGGCAUUCGCCCUUUGAGAACAAAGACGAGGAAUGGGACGAAGAGAUGUCUAUGUACAAGGAUGCGGCCAUCGCUGGACGACAGAUGUUCAACUGUGGCUACAUAUACAAUGGCUGUCCGGAAGGACAGGGAGUUCUUGACUUGAUUACAACGCUGAGAGAUGAAUAAAUAUUAUAUUAAACUACA